AUGGAGCUUCAAGAAAAAACAGACGUUCCCGUGUUUACAAGAGUGAAUAGAGACGUGUUUCUGCGGGAUAUUUAUCCGAAGCGCAGACCAGCUGUGCUCCGAGGAGUGAGUCUGGGCCCUUGUUUGGAGAAAUGGUCUCCUGAUUACCUGAGAGAGCAGGGAGCAGAGCUGGAGGUGAAGGUGCACGUGUCCACAGUUCCAGCCAUGGACUUCCUGCAUAAGAACUUUGUUUACAAGACAUUACCGUUCAGCGAGUUUGUAAAAAGGGCGUCAGAGAGAAAGCAUUCAGAGUUCUUCUUGUGUGAGGAUGAAAGUUACUAUCUACGGUCUCUUGGAGAAGACGCACGCAAGGAGCCGGCCGACAUAAAGAAGCAGUUUCCUGUUUUGGCUGAAGAUUUCAUAAUCCCGGAGUUUUUUGAUCCUGACCAGUUUUUCUCCAGUGUUUUCCGGAUCAGCUCCUGUGGCCUGCAGCUCUGGACUCACUACGACGUGAUGGACAACCUUCUGGCUCAGGUGACGGGGACCAAGAGGGUGGUUCUCUUCAGUCCUCAGGAUGCACUGCACAUGUAUCUGUCAGGAGAUAAAUCAGAAGUCCUGGACAUAGACUCUCCAGAUCUCGAGAAGUUUCCAGAAUUUCUAAAAGCGCAGAGGUUCGAGUGUGUGCUGCAGCCUGGAGACCUGCUGUUUAUCCCUGCUCUCUGGUUCCACAACACGAUGGCGCUGCAGUUCGGGGUGGGUGUGAACGUGUUUUGGCGCCAUCUAGAGGCCGAUGGUUACGACAAGAAGGACCCGUAUGGAAACAAGGACCCAGUGUGUGCAGCCAGAGCUCUGCAGAGUCUGGACAGAGCUCUGCAGAGUCUGGACCAGCUGCCGCCUGAAUACAAGGACUUUUAUGGACGACACAUGGUGCAGAGGAUUCAGAAGAGGACUUUCCUGGAUGAGAGAUACUGA